UUAUAUAACUUGGGUUAUUGCUGGGGAAUCUUCGUGCAUAGCAUUUCAUGAUAAUGCUCCACACAUGCAAUGACAACUAGUGAUUCCGGACCACAACCUAUAGAAAAAGCAUACCUACAUACAUAUUCACACAGACAGAGGUGAAGGAUCCUAUCAUCUCAGUAUGACUUUUGCACGCUGCUGUAUUGCUUUUCUUCUCUCUGCCUUCUAUAUGGGGGCAUUUUUCUUUAAUUUUUCUUCAUCAGCUACACGCGAGAGCUUCAAGGUGGUCUUCGCCCCUGUGGUAUGUAAAAGGACAUGUCACAAAGGCUAUUGUCAUAAUGUUUGCAAGCCAGGGAGCAACAUGACGCUUAUUGCUGAGAAUGGAGGCUCAACAGACACACUCACAGGAUCCGGAUUUCGUGUGGUGGUUUGCCCAAUACCCUGCAUGAAUGGGGGCCAGUGCUCUUCCAACAAUCACUGCCUGUGCCCACCUGAAUUCACAGGAAGAUUUUGUCAAAUCCCUGCUGUUCCUGGAGGCAGUGGAUCACGAAGCCAGAGUGAGGCAACCGAAACAGAAGGAAUGGAACCAUCAUCAGGAAAACAUGCAGUCUAUGCUGUGCAGGUCAUUACUGGAGACCAUGAUCCUGAAGGGAGAGGUGUGAAGAUCAGUCAGUCAGCUCUUACUGUACCACUAGGGCCGGGACACAGUUCUGCAGAAGUUCAGGUCCUUCCACCUCUUCUAAAUGUCAGAGUUCAUCACCCACCCAAUGCAUCCAUCCAGGUUCACCGUAUUGAUGGCCUUGGAUCUGAAGGAGGUGGAGGUCAGCAUAUAAUCUCUCAUCCUGAAGGGAACAAAGCAGCAGCAUCACGUCCCAUCACAUUCAAACCUCUAGGAAGAUGCUUUCAAGACACCCUGCCCAAACAAGUUUGUGGUAGUAACCCUCUACCUGGACUUACUAAAGAAGAGGACUGUUGUGGCAGUGUUGGAACAGCAUGGGGACAGCAUAAAUGUAACAAGUGUCCACAGUUACCAUAUUUUGGCACACAUAAAUCUGCACCAUUCCGAGGUGAAGUGGGCUCAGACUGUCCUCUGGGUUAUAAAAGACUUAAUAGCACUCAUUGCCAGGAUAUAAAUGAGUGCAGUAUGCAAGGCGUUUGUCAAAACGGUGAAUGUUUGAACACACAAGGUAGCUUCAGAUGUGCUUGUAAACAUGGAUACAUUUUCAUCUCCUCUCAGAUGCGCUGUACACAGGAGAAGUCUGAUGUGAAAAGCCUCUGCUACAGGCUUCUUGGCUUGGAUGGACAGUGCCAGCAUCCAAUUUCUAUCCGAAUGACCCAACAGCUGUGUUGCUGUAGUGUGGGCAAAGCAUGGGGACCUUAUUGUGAAGCUUGUCCGGCAGAGAGGACAGCUUCUUUUGCAGAGAUUUGCCCAGCUGGGAAAGGUUACCACAUAUUCAGUACUCAUCACACGUUUAUGAUUCAGGGACAGAGUGAUAUCACUCUUCAUUUGCAGCCAGAUUUGAGUGACCAGCAGGUUCUUCCUCCAAGGACUCCUGAUGUUGUCCCACCCCCAAACAUAUUGGAACUACCUUCACCUCAGAAGAUAACGGAGCUUGAUUCUUCUGAUGGACAGCUAACUGCAGCCAUGCUCCCAGCAUACAGCCCUAAUUCAGAAGAGGAACCUGUGGAUUUCCCAUCUGUCUUUCCACCAAAGCCAGGUAACUCCUUCCCCACACUGGUUUUGGAGCCCACAACAAUGGCUGUUCAAAAAAUACCUGCAGAGUAUGACACUCGAAGUGCUGCUGAAAUUGCCCCCACUCAGUUAACAGAAACCAAUGAGUGUAAAAUGAUCAGGAAUUUGUGUGGGCAUGGAGAGUGCAUUUCUACUCCUAAUGGAUUCUACUGCAGUUGCCACCCUGGGUACUAUCCUGAUCCUGAGAAGAAGGUUUGUAUAGAUGUUGAUGAAUGUAAGAGUGACCCAUGUGGCCAUGGAAAAGGAUUAUGCCUCAACACUGUUGGCUCAUUUAACUGUCAUUGUCAUCACGGGUACAGACUGGAUGUAACACAUGGAACAAGAUCUUGUGUGGAUGUCGAUGAGUGCUUGCGGUCCGGAAUGUGUGGAGAGUCUCGCAGCUGUGUCAAUUUUCCUGGUUACUAUAAAUGUGAAUGUCAGACAGGAUACAAAUUGAAGAACAGAAGACCAUUAUUGUGUGAAGACAUCAAUGAGUGUGCAACAUUACAGCCAUGUAUAGGAGGACAGUGUAUAAAUACCCCUGGCUCCUUCCGAUGCGUGUGCCCUCCAGGUUAUAGACUGCACAAUCAACAUACAUGUCAAGAAAUAGAUGAAUGCUCCCUAUUCUCCGAAAUCUGCUCACCUCAUGGCAAAUGUGAGAAUCUGGAUGGAUCAUAUAUGUGUAUUUGUGACCCUGGCUAUGCACCUACUGAGGACCACAAGAAAUGUGAGGAAGUUUCCCGUGGACUGGAUCUUCGAGACUGCUUUCUGAGUCUGGAUGACACUCUGUUCUGUGACAGUGUUCUUGCUGUAAAUGUAACAAAAGAGCAAUGCUGCUGUUCUUUGGGGGCAGGAUGGGGUGACCACUGUGAGAUCUACCCUUGCCCUGUGCACCACUCAGUGGAAUUCCUCACUCUCUGUCCUGAUGGUGUUGGAUUUAUUGUUGACCUAGACAUUAUGAGUUAUGGCAUUCCCACAUAUCGAGAUAUUGAUGAGUGUGAACUGUUUGGACAAGAAAUCUGCAAAGAAGGAAAGUGUGUGAACACGCAACCCAGCUAUGAAUGUUACUGCAAACAUGGCUACUACUAUGACACCCGGUUACUACAAUGUAUGGAUGUGGAUGAAUGCGUUGAUGAGUCUAAUUGUGUCAAUGGCCAGUGUAUCAACACUCGAGGCUCAUUCUACUGCCGUUGCCCACUACAUAUGCAGUACCACACAGAACACAAGCUCUGUGUGUCCAAUACUGAGUUAGAUGUUGAUGAAUGUCAGGAGAGAGCAUUGUGUCGCAAUGGUCGCUGUGUAAACACCCUUGGAUCCUUCUAUUGCGAGUGUACCCCUCCAUGGACAUUGGAUCCCCUGGGAAGGCAUUGUAAUCGCCCUGAGAUGCAGUCAGAUCGCACAGAAGCAAUGGAUACCUGUUGGAGGAUGCGAGGCACAGAUGGGAUUUGCACCCAUCCAAUGAGUGCUCACCGAGUAUCGCUGAAUGAAUGUUGUUGUGGACAAGGGCAGGGAUGGGGACCUAUUUGUGUCUCCUGUCCUCCUAGGCAUGCUCUGUCAUGUUCAGUUACACACAGUGGGGCCAAUUCAUUCUGGGAGUAUAAUGCUCACCAUGUAAAGAACUCUCGAAGAGAUGGAGAUAGCUCAGAAGAGGAGUCAAAUGAGUGCCCAUGUGUGAAUGGUCGCUGUAUGAAAGGCCCACAUGGGUUUUCAUGUGAGUGUCAUGGAGGCUUCCAAUUAGACAUCUCCCGGACCCGAUGCAAUGAUUUGGAUGAGUGUAAACAGAAGAACCCAAGGGGAUCUCUUUGUAAAAACAGCCGAUGUAUAAACACAGUGGGAUCAUUCCGAUGUAUGUGUAAACCAGGAUAUACGCGCUCUCGACACCCACACAUCUGCAUACCGCAGAGGAAAAGAUAGCCCGGUUUCUACAGUGGUCAAAAAGCUAUGAGAGAGGCUCAUAAGAAAAUCGUGCUUAGAUUUUUUUUUUAAAAAGACUGC